AUGAUUUAUACCUUUGUUUAUACAAUAACUUUCCUUUUACAAAUAUUCAGAGCAACUUCUCUGUCCACAUCCGCAGUACUCGGUGUCGACUUAGGCACUGAAUAUAUCAAGGCAACACUUGUUAAGCCUGGGAUUCCUCUGGAGAUCGUUCUUACAAAAGAUUCCCGACGGAAGGAACUAUCUGUAGUAGCCUUUAAGAACACGAAAAACUCAAAAGCAGGUGAAUACCCGGAGAGACUAUAUGGAUCUGACGCAGCAGCUAUCGCAUAUCGUUUUCCUGGAGAUGUUUACCCGAACUUGAAGGCUCUACUUGGCCUCAAGAUCGAAGAUCUGAUUGUAAAAGAAUAUUCACAAAGAUAUCCGUCACUAAAUCUAGUCGCCGAUAGUACCAGAGGCACAUCCGCAUUUCGAAGCGCAGCAUUUCUUGCAGAUGAGCAUCCAUGGACCGUGGAAGAAAUAUUAGCUAUGGAGCUUCAGAAUAUACAAAAAAAUGCACAGGCUCUUGCUGGGACAGGAAGUGUCAUAAAAAAUGUCGUGAUAACUGUUCCGGCUUUCUAUACAGUGGAAGAGAAAAGAGCACUUCUAUUAGCUGCUGAUCUUGCUGGACUUCGCGUCUUGGAAUUAAUUAGCGACGGACUAGCAGUAGGUCUCAACUACGCCACUACACGAACUUUAACUAGCAUCGAUGAGGGUGGCAAAGCAGAGACGCACCUAGUUUUUGACAUGGGCGCUGGAUCCACUAAAGCCACAAUUUUGAAGUUCCAGGCUAGAACUGUAAAAGAUGUUGGAAAGUUCAACAAGACAAUUCAUGAAGUUAAGGUUCUAGGUACCGGGUGGGACAAAACUCUUGGAGGAGAUGCACUCAAUACUGUGAUUGUUGAUCAUCUAGUUGAUCAAUUCAUCAUAACCCUCGCUAACAAGAAAGUAGUUGUAGCCUCUGAUGUAAUAAAAGACCAUGGGAGAACCGCGGCAAAAUUAUGGAAAGAGGCGGAGAGAAUUAGGCAGGUAUUGAGCGCAAACGCAGAAACACAGGCGUCUUUUGAAGGACUUUAUGAAGAACACGAUUUUAAGUUUAAGAUAACUCGCGCCGAAUUUGAAGAUCUGAUCGCAAAGCAUAUAGCUCGAAUUCCUGCGGCAAUUCAAAAUUCACUAAGUGCCGCUAAGCUAGAAAUUAAGGACCUGGACUCUGUCAUCCUUCACGGCGGUGCAAGCCGUACUCCGUUUGUCCAGAAAGAGGUUGAGAGAUUCAUUGGUGACUCAGCUAAGAUUAAAAGUAAUGUCAAUUCUGAUGAGUCGGCUGUAUUUGGUGCAGGAUUUCGUGGUGCAACACUUAGCCCGAGUUUCCGAGUGAAAGAAAUUCGUAUAAACGAUAGCAUAUCUUUUGCCACCGGUUUCAAAUGGACUAAUACUCAAGAUAAGUUGCAACAUCAAAUACUCUGGAAACCCACGUCACAUUUUGGAGCUGAAAAGCAUUACACGUUUAAAAAUAAGCGCGAUCCUUUUACCUUGGAAUUUUAUCAACAAAUUCAAGUAACAGAGAACGAUUCUACAGAGACUAUUGAGAAAGAAACACUUACCCUCACAACCUCAAAUUUGACAGAUUCAGUCAUGGCCCUUCAGGAUAAGUAUGGCUGUGCAGAAGAUGAAAUUAAUCUAAGACUCAGUAGCCAAGUUAUUGCUCAAUCAGGUGAAGUUGUUAUCAACGAAUUAAUUGUCGACUGCGAAGUUGAAAUUUCAGAAGGGAAAGAGAGCGUGGUUGACAGCGUCAAGGGUCUCUUCGGCUUUGGAAAAAAAGAUCAAGCUCCACUAACUGAAAGUACGGCACCAGAUGUCUCCGAAACUUCCUCGACCGUAAUUGAGAACACCUCAACUGCGACUGGAUCUUCGGCCGAUGCGAAGCCUAGUCAGGAUAGCAAGAAAGUCAAGGUUGAGGUUUCUAAGCGCUUUGAAAGAAUUCCUAUCAGCUACACCAUUGAAACUAAAGGACUACCUAAGCUCCCAGCUACAGAAAUUACUCGUAUGAUGGACCGAUUAGCACGUUUUGCUGAUUCAGAUAAAUCACGGCGGAUGCGCGAUGAGGCACUUAACCAGUUAGAAGGUUUUACGUACGAAAUUCGAGAUCUAUUAGAUGAUGAAAAAUUUGUCUCUAUUUCAAGCGAGAAAGAAAGAGCUGAUCUGAAGACCGGUUCACACAAGGUUAGUGAGUGGCUUGAGGAGGGUGGUGUCGACGCCAGCCGUGAAGAAUUACUAGAGAAAUUCAAGGAGCUAAAAGACAUUGUCACACCUAUUGAAAAUCGCAAAACGGAAUUAGCCAGCCGUCCUGAGAAGGUUGCUGCUCUUCGUCAAGCCCUGAAUGAAACAAGUCAAAUUAUAGCCAGUAUUACUGAACAGAUUGUAAACUAUUCUAAGACUCAAGCCGAAUCUAUUGCCUCGCAGACAACAGAGUCAGCAUCAUCACCAACAGAAACACCAUCAUCUAGUAUUGAUGAUCAGUCGAGCUCAGAAGUCGAUGGGGCGUCGACUACUGAAUCAGCACCAACCGAACAAAAGACACCUGAGCCACCCGCUUACACCGAAGCAGAUCUUUUAAAGCCUCAAGAACUCUAUGAUCAGUAUUCGGCUUGGCUUGUAGAAACACUCGCAAGUCAAGAAAAGCUAAAGGAAAAUGAUGACCCUGUUCUUCUUUGCAAAGACCUAGAGGAAAAAACUAAGGAAUUACAAAAUAUUCGUAUGGAGCUUAUCAUGAAAGGUGUACAGCAUUCAUUUCGGGCACAGCAAACUCCCCCAAAGUCUACUAGCGAGAAGCCAGAAGCAACCAAAUCCAGCGAAGACAGUUCUGCACAGGACAGCUCUAGCAGCAAAACGGAUAGUCCAGAAGCAGAAUUUACAAUGAGUCCUGGUAUGAAUAUGCCCAGUGAAGAGGAAAUCCAAAAGAUGCUUGAGAAGAUAAAAGCCGACAUGCCAGAGCACUUUAAGGGAGAUCAAAAGCCGGUGAUAAAAAUGAUGGGUAAGGAAGAAGCAGAAAAACUUGCAGACUUGAAUCAGGAAGAAACUACUAAGCAUUCUGAGCUGUGA